AUGGUGAAUUUUAUAAGAUUUUACAACAGGCGCAACCCUAAAACUGUGCCUGAGAUAGCCGGUGUUCGAAACCCCGUCACAGACGACGGAAUGUGUGUAAUUAAGUGCACAGAGGCGGUGUUUAAAUGGCGGACGAUGUACGCAGUCUUUGUCCCUUCAGAUGUCGAUUUCUACAUGAACGAUAUCAGCUGUUUAAUGAAAUGCAUAGAAGAAGAAAAAUUAACGUGGUACAGCGGAUACCCGUACGAAAUUAUUAAAAUGUUAGAUUCUCCAGAUCUGCAUCGAUACGACAUAAGCUCACUCCGUGCUGUUGUAGUAACGGGCCAGAGCGUCAGUACCAACAAUCUCAACAGGAUCUGCGAUCAGUUCCCUGACACUAUGAUUGCUUAUGGUUCAACGGAAGUCCAGGGUACUAUGACAUCAAACUUGUACUCUACAUUAGACCAAAGACGGAAUUCAGUUGGAUAUCCCCUACCACAUAUGGAGUUGAAGAUUGUUGGUAAAUACGGCGAAACGUUGCCUGUUAACCAGACCGGUGAAGUCUGUGUUCGUGGAUGGGCAUCCUUCUUGUGUUACUUCAACGACCCAAAGACAACAGCAGCAGUCAAAGGUCACAGCAACUGGAUACAUAUGGGUGAUGUUGGAGUGAUGGAUAAAACUGGACAUGUACAGCUAUUAGGACGGAUGGCUGAAUGUGUGACGUUUAAACACAUGGGCGAAAAGGUGUUCCCUCAACUUAUUCUGGACACAGCAAGGUCUCAUCCAAAGGUCGAAACAGCAGUUGUGAUCGGUAUUCCAGAUGAUAGACUGGGCGAUGAUGUCUGUCUCUUUGUGGAGAAAAAGCACUCAACAAUUCUCACAGAAGAGGAGUUAGAAUGCUACUUCCAAUCCAAGCUGAUGUUUCUACAAUGUCCUCUAUACUAUACUGUGUUAGAGAAACUACCAAGGGUCGGUGCAAGAGGUAAGGUACAUCUUGCGAAACUAAAGGAAAUGGCUACAAAGCGGAUCGCAACAGACAACAAGGAAGAACAAUGGAACAGAUGA